AUGUGCCACCAAGAGACCUUGUACAGAUUGUGCAUUUUCUGUCGCACUUUGGAACCUAUGAAUGGGCCCUGUCCUGUCCUUCAGGGGGAGAAGUCACGAAUAUCACAAACUGGGAGGAAUGUCGAGUCGGACACUCUAGUUUCAGGUCUUUCACCUCAAGAUGCUGAGUUGAUCUCAGCCCUCCAUCAGCAGCCUAGCUCUCUGUGUGCUCGUUGCUCGGCCUACGAUAUUCUUGGCGUGCUUCUGAAAUCUGACCCUACGGCUGACCCGCGACAAGAAUAUGAAACGCAGAGUUUUAACGAUUUUACGCGAUCGAUGCUGCACGUUGGUCGCCCUUCAUCGGUUACUCUCACGGCAUCAUGCCCCAUCUGUCGGCUAUUCUACUGUGUUCUACCAAGGAAAUACGAACCUGUCCGACAAAUUACUAAUGGUCGAAAAAUAACACGCACAACCGAGGCUGAUAUAUACUUUGAACCACGUCGAACCUAUCUGAGACUGCGCAAUUGGGAUACUCUUCCAAAAUACUUGAGAAAGCAAUGCGCGGUCGUGUUGCAUAUGACUGAAAGCUACCUCGAGAGUAGCAUCUCUCGUAACUCUAUGCCAUUCAGCCCCAGUCACUCACUGACAGAAAAGCCACGCAUCUACGCACCCACAAUCGCGCUUGAACCUCGCCUUGCGCCCCCAGAUCGGAAAUUGAACAGUAUGAGACCCAUCAGUUCCAAUGUUGAUUUUUCCCUGCUUCGCCAGGCACUAGGCUUAUGUCUAGAGAAACAUUGUACCUCUUGUUCGACGCAGAAGCAGAAAAGGCCAGAACUGCUGGAGACUCGCAUGAUCGACAUUGUCGAGCGUAUCGUGGUCCCUUGCCCACCCGAUUGCGAUUAUGUUGCCUUGAGCUAUGUAUGGGGAGGCGUAGAACCUUCCCCUGGGUCGCUCAAGAACAGGUGCCUUCCACAGACUAUUGAAGAUGCUAUUACGGUGACGCAGGCUUUGGGCAGACGGUAUCUAUGGGUCGACGCCUUGUGCAUUAAUCAAAGCGAAGAGCUCACUUCGUCUGAAAGAAAAGAAAAAGAAAAGCAACUUCGCUGGAUGGGCAUCAUUUAUGGCGGUGCCACUGUGACCAUCGUGGCAGUGUCAGGCCUAAAUGCAAAUGCUGGCUUACACGGUAUAUCUGUUCCACGUUUGGCUCAAGUCACAGAGAACAUCGAUGGACAUACCGUGUUUACCAGUCCUCCGUCGUAUUUUACAGAAACAAGCGAGACUUUAUGGUCUCGUCGAGCCUGGACCAUGCAAGAACAUCUGUUAUCUAAGCGAUUGCUUUUCUUCAGUGAAAGUCAAGUAGCAUUUGAAUGUCGUGAAGGCUUAUUCGAGGAGGUUUUGCACUACACGACGAAGGGCGAUACUAUAAUCGACGACACACCUCACCCAUCGACUAGUGAAGACCCCCUUACUCGGUUUUUGUAUGGGGAUGAAGUGGUAGGGAUUCAUUCAAUAUCUCCAUCAUAA